GACACCGAAAAAAACAUGUUUUCUACGCAAAUGAUGUGUCUCCGUAAUCUCAUAGUGGACACUAAUGAAACACUUUUUACACUUGAUCUUGAAAUAUGUCAUUAUACUUCGACCUUUAGAAUCUUAGUAGAAAAGAAACGACUAAAUCCACCCUCCACCCCUCUGGGACCAAACAAUGACCAACAUGUGGCGUUGGAGUGUACGCCCCCGUAGGGCAAGUAGACUUUCCCACCCACGUGAUGACACGGUGUACCAAAGAAUAGGGUCCUUGAAAAGUUGACCAUUCAGUGCUGUGUCAUGAUCUAUGUAUUACGUAGAUCUUGAGUGUGCUGAUAUCACUGUCUAGGAUCGAAGUCUCCCACCCAGUGGUCAGUGCAGGUCCAGACCAACAAGACUUGAGUUUUGAAAUCUUUUAUUACAUUCAGAUCAAAAUCUUUUGGAAGAAGCUUUAGAUUUACAAGUGUUCAGUGCUUAAAAUGUCAACUAUCGAUAAUUGGUCACAAAUUUGAGUGAAUCGAGUGGACUUCACUAAAAUCAAAUUAAUUGAGCCUAGUUCGUUGACUACCAAGUACACUGAACUUGCUGUUUCUGACGAUUUGUGUUCAGGUCUUCUGCUAUCAUGAAUUCUUACAAAGCUGCACUCUACGCUGGCCGUUUAAAACAGUCCAGCCAAACUGUCAAGCCUUUAGUGCCAAUGAUAUCUCAAGAAACGGAUCCAAUUUAUAAACACAAGUUCCAAACUGCUAGCAUGACAUCGAUCGCAGCCAACACACUCCUAAAAAACAAAAACUCCAUUCUGUACCAGCAUAGCCCAGAGUUUGAACUUGCACGGUUAGAAGCUGGGAUGAAGUAUGAACCCGUCUCUGUGUACCCCGAGAAAGACAAUGACUUCUGGGAAGUAGAAACCUUCACGUCUGCUUUUAACCAGCUGUCAACCUUCAACAAGGUUCUACUCUUUGUCGCAUUGGGGCUAAUUCUACUGACCAUUCUAAUGAUCCCAGUACUCAUUGGCACAGUCUCUUUCGGCCAUGAACUGGAAGCUAGAUUAAAUAAAGUAAUUCAAGAUGAAAGAGAGUUGUUAGAUAUUGGCCAUCAACUGGAAGCUACAUUAAAUAACCUACUUACAGUAAUUGAAGAUUCCUUCUUGAGUGACUCUCUGGUGGCAGAUCUCAAACUGAAAACAAAUGACACUUGUUUCUGUUUGUAUAAUCAACAAAUUGCUUGGAAUGAUGCCAGAGAGUUUUGUCUCAAAUUGGGAAAUGGAGUCCAUCUGAGGGAAAUCUACAGCCAAGACGACGACUCCCUGAUGCCUCUAUUUCAAAAUACAAACCUAACUCGAGGAAUAUGGCUCGGCGGUUCUAACUUGAUGAAUCAAAGUGUCUGGCUAUGGGACUACACAAGGACACCAAUUAGUCAAUGGGAUAACAAUCCAUCAAUUCAAUGGGAUCUUUCAGUUGGCAGCAAGCUAUGUUUGGGAGUCUUCAAAGGGGACAAUGCCAACUACAAACUGAAUGGUGUUGAAUGUGAUGAUGAAAAAUCAUUUUUGUGUUCUGCUAAGUUAGUUGAUUCAGCAUGUGUUUGUUGAAAGUAGCCUCUGUCUUGUCAUCGCCUAAUAUCAAAGAUAUCUUACUAGGCUUCACAAUAAGCAUUGAAACCUAAGUAAUUAUAUAAAAGUCAUGGUAACUCGAAGUUCAUUUUGUUUU